CAUAUAUUUUGUCCGUUUUAGCUAACUUCCUUUCUUACUAUAAUCAAAAUCCAUUUUUUCUUAGUGUUAUUAUCGAUUAAAAUCGAUGGCGUGAACGCGGCGUGGGUUUUGAUCAUUCGUUUUUUAGAUUGUGCAAAUCUUCGAUUUCCAGCGUGUUCUUGUGAGCAAAAUGGGUGAUGCCAAGAAGAAUGGUUUUCCUGGAAGUUGUCCCGAGUUUGGUGCAAUCUUCAUUUCAGACAAUGCAACGAAAAAGGAAUGUUUAAGAAGGAAAGUUUUUGCUCUCCCAUCUUCGCAUUCACACUUUGUGAAACAGGUGAAAGCUGGGAUGAUUCUGUUCCUGUUUGAAUUUGAGAGGAGAGAACUGCAUGGUGUGUUUCAAGUAUGCUCUGGCGGUGCAAUGAAUAUUCUGCCUCGUGUACUUAGUUCGUCAGGGAAGCAAUUCCCUGCACAGGUUAAAUUCACCCUCAUGUGGUACUGCACUGCCAUCCACUUUCUGAAAAUGAAUUUCGUGAUGCUAUCAGAGAAAACUAUUUUUCCAAAACUAAGUUUAACUUUGGACUCUCUGAAGAUCAGGUUCGAAGGCUUCUGUCAUUGUUCAGUUUGAAGAGGAUGAAAGAUCAGGCACCUUCACGGCAGUUGACUGAAAGUAAAGUUGCAAGGCAAAGUGGGUACUCUACAAAUAAAAUUAGAAGACUAGUUAAUAAGUCUCCAAGGAGAAACCAAGCCCCAAGUGAAUAUGGUGUAGACAACCCUCACAGACCAGAUAUUUCCACUACUCCCCAUGGGAACUCUUUCUAUGAUGAUGACAGACCUACUGAUGAUGGCAGAUUUGAAACGGACACAUCUUUUGGACAUGAGCGUAAAGCAAGUGCCUUCCUAAAUGAGUCGUUCUGGGAUCUUGUUGGUAAGGAUGGAGGGGUCAUAGCUUCAGGUGAAUAUGCCACAAAUGACUGGGUGGACACUGAAUGGAAAACUGGUAUUGAGUUUCAAGAAGCAGUUUCAGUUGGUUUUCUUCAGGUAAUGUCAGAAGCAUUUCCAAUGAUGUUAGGUUCGCACAGAGUGAUAGAACUGAAACAAAAUGUUACAAGGAUGAUGCUUUUUCACCAUCCAUGUCAACAGAGUAUCCUAGUUCUUUUCAAUCUAAAGUUAAUCCACUAGUGUAUUCUAGCAAACAUGUUCUAGAAACAGAUUCAUUUGUCAAUGAUCUAACAAGGCCAUCUUCAACGUACUUUCCCUCAAUGGAGAUGCAAAACACCAAUGUUAGUUAUCCAUUGAAUUUUGAAGAUUCAUUUGUUGCAAAUAGUCUUCCUUAUGAUUCUGAUGUUCCUACUACGAAUUAUAGGGGCUGCUCAUCUUUGGGGUUCAAUCAGGGCCAUGCUUCAUUGCAAGAUGCUAUUCAUGAUAAUUUUGUUGGUCACAUCAUUGGUACUACCAAAAUCAAUCAUUUCCUUCAUUGUUAGAGACUAGAAGAACACCCAUAACCUCUGAUGUCUACUCUGGUUCUAAGGACUUCGUUACAUUGCCCUAUUCUAAUUCAUAUGAACACUCCAGCAGGACUAUCCUGCAAAGGCAUGGCUAUAUAGAUGACCUAGAAGCUGAAUACUCUCAAUUCAAAUGCUCUGGAGAUCUUUCCCUUCCUAAGCCCUCUUUAGCACCUGUCCCUUCUGAAAUUAGAAACAAUGGCAGGAUCGGUGAGCAUUCAUCAUCUUAUAGAACCAGUCCUAGCAAGUUCCAUUCUCUUACCUUUUCUUACAGGUAUCCCACGAUAUUGCAAGAUAGACAUGAUUUUCAAGUGCAAGAGCAUGACAGGUAUCCUAUGUUAUUACAGGACAGACAUGAUUUUCAAGCUCAAGAGCGUGACAGGUAUCCGAUGUUAUUACAAGACAGACAUGAUUUUCAAGUACAUGAGAGUGGAAAUGAUGCACAAUUUGGUGAUGAUGGUUUUAUGUUUAAAGAGUGCCAGCCCCAUGGUGAAUCGUUUCAUAAUGAUAACAGAACAAUUGAGGAUGAAAGGUUUGCUAUAUACAAUAAGGCGGAAUAUGAGAACAAAGUGGUCCAGCAGCAGCUGCAUGUUCAUGAACCGAUAAAUGUGGACUACCAUGAAGUUACUUCGGUGAGUCCUGCUCCGUAUCAGAAUUCCGAUUUCCGGAAAAAAGGAGUAGUGUGUUUUCUCGCUUGGCUUUGCCUCGUAAGAUACAUAAAAAGAAAGAACACCUCUCCUAGCACUGCUGACAUCAAUAGGCAUACUUCAAUUAAUAAAGUCGUGGAUAUGCUGCACCGAAACCAUAACCAUGGGGUGAAUUCAAUUGGCAAAUCGAUAGUCAAGCACAGUGUUGCUGCUGCCAACCUUAGGGAUAAAAAGCAGGCCACUAGGAAAGAUGAUCCUGCUAUGAUCUCAGAGGAGAUGAAUCUGAAGUCUACCUCAUUUAGCAAGGAGAAUAGCAGCCAAAAGUUUGGGGAGGUGACUUUUGUCGAUUUCAAACGCCGUAGUACGGUGAGAAAGAACCUCGAAGAUGAUAAGACUGGAAAUCAUUGUGAAACUCAGAAUGAAAAGAGUGCAGCAGCUGCACAACGUAAAGAGAGAAAAUUGAUUCGGCCAGACUUCUGUGAGAGUGAGUCAUCUGAGAGGGGCAUAUCAGGUUAUGGUCCUCAACUUGCAAUAUUUCCUUCAACAGAAUACUCUGUAAGCAAAAAUACUGAAAAUAUUAGGACUGCUGAUAAAGGUAACUACUGUGACAAUGGAAGUGACACAAACUCGGAAAAAAUUAGUGCAGAGAACUUUAUUGAUUCAAGAAGUGCUGAUGGUGGAAAGGAAUCAUCAGAACAUAACUGCAUCUCAAGUAUGACUUCAAUUUCUUGUAGGAACAGGCAUGUUGAAGUUGAACAAGAUAUGACCACUAGAGAUACAAGGAUGGAGAUUGUCUUAAGAUCAAAUUGAUGUGAGCCAUUCCACUCAUGGGUCAUGUCGAAAAAUCUGUGAAGACAAUGAUAAUGAUGUGAGUCAUUCUAUUCAUGUGCCAUCUCAAGAUAAGGAUGAUGAUGGAGUCGCAAAGAGCGAGUUUGUUUACGGUAUUAAAUAGAUGCAUGACUUGACUCCUGAAUUGUCUCAAGAUCGAAAUGAUGUGAGUAGACAUGAGUCAUCUACAAAAAUCCGUGAAGACAAUUAUGGUGAUGGAGCUGCAAAGAGAGUUCAUUUACAGUAUUGAACAGACAAAAGACGUGACUCCUGUUGGUGGCGAGAUUUCCAUCAGUGCUUUGAACUAAGGCGAUCCGAACACCAAAUGAGAAAGGCCCUCUUGGAGGUCUUGUAUUAGUGUACAUAUUUUUGCAGAAAUGUGACUCUCCUGAAAUCAAGCAAAGCCAUCUUUCGGAUAUUUGGUAAGAGAGAAUUUGCUAGUUUUGGAAGGCCCUCAACUGCUUCAUAUACAUGAAAUGUUAAAUGUGGAAGUAUUUUCUACAACCAGUUAAGAUGAAAGCUGGAGGAUCGGUUGCAAGCGUCUCUGUCCGGAGCAUUUGUAACGCAAUCAUCAGGUGGUGAAAGAUCGUCUCAUGCAAAUGAAACUCGUAAGUCAUACCAUGAAUGUGCUUCCACCUAUGGGGAACCAUGGCAACAAACAAAAUUUACAGUUCAUUCAAUUUCGCUACUCUUCUAAUCUUAGGAUUUUGCGUAAAUGCGCUAACAAAGACGUGCUUUUUUGUUUUGUUUAG